ACCCUCGAAAAUGGCUGACAUCGAGUGCACUUCUUGCGGAAAGUUUGAGAGUGAAGUCUCUACUACGUUCCUGUCAUGUUACCGGUGCGCGAGGGUGCGGUAUUGCAGUACGGAGUGCCGGAAAGACGACUGGAAGUUUCACCGACCAUAUUGUAGUAAGAGCGCAGACGGGAACACCGGUGCGGCUGGUGAAGGCGAAGCUCGGCGCCUCAUCGAACAAUGGCUCACGCCCGCACUGGCAACAUCCUUAGCGGAGAUCGCUACUUUCAAUGUCGCUCUCGAAGACUUUUCUGUGGAGGAAUAUUUGAAAUGGUACACGAUCUACGAAGUCUCAAUAGGCAACGAUGACGUCCCUAAGAUUGACGCUGUGAUGAUGCGACCACUACAGGGUGGUGUUAAGGAGUUGGGCUGGGAAUACACUGAACUCCUUCCUCGGAUCGAGCGUCGGUUAUCUGCAGACCCGCCUGAGCUUACGAUUUUCUACUCCGUGCAAUUUACUUAUGCCGGCAACAAGUAUGCUAUCAACACCGAUGCAGCAGUACCUCAAGGUGGUGCGGCCGCAGCUGCUCAGUUGGAGCAGUGGCAGAAGAAGGCGUUUGUAGACCAGCUUACGGAGAAGGUGAAUGACGGGCAGGCACCACGGAUGUUUGACGGGAGCAAGCAUGAGGUGCAGGUCAAGAAGACGGAUGAACAGGAGUAGUUUGUAUGCCUAUGUGCUCAACACAAUCAGAAGAAUAUUGCAGAAGGUAACGAACAGGUUGAUGUUCGCCUUUGUUCCCACGGCGGACCUGGCUAGCGCAGCACCCCCCCG